UUCUUUUUCAUUUUCGCUAGUGGCUGGAGCAAAAUGGAGGAGGCUUCACGGAGCGACGAACCCAAUCGGAACCCUAACACCGAUCGGAGUUCGAAUCCGAAUCCACUGUCGUCUAUAAUCUCUUCCGCGCACGUUUGGCCAACGAUCGACGGUCCGUUGGGGUUAACGGAGGAAGCGUCGGUGGAUUACGCUCGCAGAUUCUACAAGUUCGGAUUCGCUCUCUUGCCCUGGCUCUGGGCUGUCAAUUGCUUCUACUUCUGGCCUGUUCUCCGUCACUCUCGCGCUUUCCCUCAGAUCCGCAAUUAUGUUGUUAGGUCAGCAGUUGGGUUCAGUGUCUUUACAUCUCUUCUUCUAGCGUGGGCAUUGACAUUCUCGUUAGGUGGAGAACAGCUUUUUGGCCCUGUUUGGGAUAAGCUGGUUAUGUACAACGUUGCUGAUCGUCUUGGCUUGUCUGGUUUGGCUUAGCUCUCUUUCUCUCUCUCGUUUAUCAUUGGACAUGUAGAAACGGGGAGAUCUCACUGUUACUUUUCCCUUCUUACGUUUUCGUAUGCGAGCAUUACUAUGUUUGAUGAGAGAUCCAUGCUGUUGAUAUAAGCGGGAUAAUGAAGCAUUCUAUGAAGCAAAUAGUUCUCUUUGUUGUAUCUGCUAAGGUUCUUUAGUUUUCAUUACUGAUAAUGCUCUGUUCAAUUUUCCUCACUAUUAAGUCUAUUGACUCACAA